CUUUUCUUCUGUGGAAAAAACAAGGAGAGGGCGAAGCCCGGAAAUGGAGAGCAGCUCGUGCCAUGGCGACACGCGCCGAAGCCGCGGCCGCAGCGGCGGCGGCAGGGGUACCAGCGGGCAGGCCGUCUUCACUGCGGAGUGCUCCCACCAGUUCCAUUCUCGCGGCGUCUCCGACUCAGGGAGCGCCCCGAACGGCCGCCCGCCCAGCAGCGCCCGGUGGCGCGAGCUACCGUCCCUCCGCAGCAAGAACUCGUCGCCUCGCCAGCCGCCGCCCGUCGCGUUGGCCGCGCCGACGACCCAGCCGUUCUUCCGGCCCAUGGAACCGCGGGUGUUCGACGACGACGACCCGGUGGACCGGACGCCGCGGUCGAUGCGUGAGGACCAGCACCGCGGCGCAGGCGCGGAGGAGGCAUCCGGCGGAAGAGCGGUGGCGCUCGCCACGCACUGCGAGUACUCGGCCCUCGCGAGGGACGCGUCCGCCGACGACUUCGCUGUGCUGGUGCACGCCAGGGCACCCGGGAUCGCUGGGGCGGCGGCGCCGCGCGCGCCGCUGGACCUGGUGACCGUGCUCGACGUGAGCGGCAGCAUGGUGGGCACCAAGCUCGCGCUGCUGAAGCAGGCCAUGGGGUUCGUCAUCGACAACCUCGGGCCCCGGGACCGCCUCUGCGUCGUGUCCUUCUCCUCCGGCGCGUGCCGCCUCAUGCGGCUCGCGCGCAUGUCGGACGCCGGGAAGGCCCUUGCGAGGCGCGCCGUGGAGUCCCUCAAGGCGGGCGGCGGCACCAACAUCGGGGAGGCGCUCCGCAGGGCGGCCAAGGUGAUCGACGAGCGCAUGCACCGGAACGCCGUCGCCAGCGUCGUGCUCCUCUCGGACGGGCAGGACACUUACACCGUGCCGAGGCGCGGCGGCUACGGUGGCCGCGACUCCAACUACGACGCGCUCGUGCCCCCUUCCUUGGCGUUAGACGGUGACGGGAGGCGGUCGGCCCCCGUUCACACGUUCGGCUUCGGCACGGACCACGACGCGGCGGCGAUGCACACCAUCGCCGAGGCCACGGGCGGGACGUUCUCCUUCAUCGAGGACGAAGCGGCCAUCCAGGACGCGUUCGCGCAGUGCAUCGGCGGGCUCCUCUCCGUCUCUGUGCAGGAGCUGCGCGUUGACAUCGCGUGCGUGCACCCGGGCGUGCGCGUCCGCGCGAUCAAGUCCGGCAGCUACGCAAGCCGCGUCGACGCCGACGGCCGCGCCGCGUCCGUCGACGUUGGCGAGCUCUACGCGGACGAGGAGAGGCGCCUCUUGCUGUUCCUGCACGUGCCGAGGGCCUGCGCCGCGAACGACGCCACGCGCCUAGUCAGAGUGGCCUGCGCUUACCGCGACACGGCCACCGGACGGGGCAGGAGCGUCGCCGGCGAGGACGCGGUGGUGCUGAGGCCCUGUGGCGCCGUGAACACGGGGCGCUCCGUUGAGGUCGAGCGCGAGCGCGUCCGGGCGGAGGCGACGGACGGCAUCGCGGCGGCGCGGGCGGCGGCGGAGCGUGGCGCGCACGCGGAGGCGGUGGAGAUCCUCCGGAGCCGGCAGCGCUCCGUGGCGCGGUCUGCCGCGGCGCGGGCGGGGGACUCCACGUGCCUGGCGCUGUCGGGCGAGCUGCGGGAGAUGCGCGCGCGCGUGGCCGACCGGCAGCGGUACGACCUGUCCGGGCGCGCGUACGUCCUCGCCGGGCUGAGCUCGCACGCGCAGCAGCGCGCCACGUCGCGGCAGAUGGUGUCCGGCGGCGGCGGCGGCGAGGCGGAGACGCUGGGCGGUGCUUGGACGGCGGAGGAGAGCAGCGUGGCCUUGGCUACGGCGGGGGCCACGACGUCUUACAUGACGCCGGCGAUGCUCGACAUGCUGGACCGGUCGCGGAGGUCGCGGGAGCUGCUGCAGCGCCGCCAACAACCGACGCAAGAACGUAGAAGAACAUUUUGAGCGCACGGAGCAAGCAGAGCUUUUGUGAAUGUGAUGUGAAUCUGUGAUUGCCUGUUAAUUCCGAAAGAGAAUGAUUGGAGCGUACCCAGCGGUCGGAGCGCUGCCACGGAGACGGAGUCCGGUCUUGACCAUCACGCGGCCAGCUCGGCUCCGGUGCAGGUGAAGCGCCCGUUUGGCUCGCGGCCCCCGUAGGGUGCACACGAUUCAUCGAGGGUGCACCAGCGCUGUUGUGCGCCUGGGGAACAUCCCUUUUUUUUUCCCACUGUUUGAGUAUUAUGAGUUGUAUACUUGUACCGACUAGGGCCGGACCCGAGCUAGCUCGGCUCGGCUCGGCUCGACUCGGUCUGGCUCGAUAGCUUAAUGGGUCAGCUUGACUCGGCUUGUUAACAAAACAAGCACAAUUACUAGCUUCGCUUGGCUCGUUAGUUGCUCAAGCUAGCUUGUUAUAUUCAUGAGCUAGAUGUAAAUUUGGGAGUAUCAUUUAUUCACCUUAGAAAAUUUAGGAGCAAAAAUGCACUACAACAUGUGCUUGCUGGGUUGUAUCUAUCUGGGACGUCGAAUCCUGCUUGGGGAUGUGUGCCAAACUCUCUCUCCGCUGCGUAUUGCAUGUGUAUUUCGUUGACUCGAUGGGCCCUCAUGCUCGCAUCCUUUUUUUACUUGCGAUAGUCCCCUGGCACGGGGAAAGCUCAGCCGUUGCCGCCGUCCUCGACCGCCGACAGGCGACAGCGGCAGCCGUCGGCGACCGCCGAGAGCUCCGCCGUCCUUGACCGCCGAGGGAUCCGUCGUCCUCGACCGCCGAGAGCGCCGCCGUCUUCGUCCUCCUCGACUGCCGAGAGCGCCGCCGUCCUCGUGCUCCUGGACCGACGAUAGACUCAGCGCCGUCGUUCUCCUGGCGACCCGUGAGCCCCCUUCUUCCCGCUAGAUCAGGACCUGUCUCGUGCCCUCCUCUUAGCGUUAUGGAUAUGGACAAACUGCUGGAAGCCCGCAUCCAUAUGGCUAGGUGCGAUGUAUUCCCAACCUGUGAUGCACUGCAUUAUUCUAGUGUCAAACUUCCAUUCAUCACGCCAAAUCUCCAAACUCUUGUGCUAUCAACAAGUGAUGAGGCUUGUUUUAUCCUUCCCUAUAAACUGAUCGUUCUGAAAGCAUAAUUGCGCAGGUCUGUGAAGAGCAAAUAUGAAAUGUUAUAUGGUAAUUUAAUGUUCCAGCGAUGCUACUACCGCUUCUGUAAAUUGCGCAGGUCUUAUAAAGUUCAUUGUAUGAAAUUGAUCUGGUUAAUGAUUACUAAAUUAUCAGUAGAUUAAAACUUAGUGGUUCCGUAUAUCAUGUCAAAGACUUGCAUGCUUAUUCAAUGGUCUUGACUAUUGUAACUGAAUGUUUAAUGGGGCAUGAUUGUGAGGUGCCAGCACUAAGCCUCUGACCUUAUCUAUUUGUUGUCUCUAUACAAGUUGAAAUGUUUCCUGUAUAUUCCUUUCACCAUGACUUAACACUCUGAUCUUGUCUGUAUUCUGCACAUGUACCAUUAAGAUGCAUUCACACUAGAAAAAUUCUGAAAACUGUAAUAAACUUGGUAAAUUAUGUUGAGAAACAUGUGUUCACCUUACAUACUAAAUAAACUCUUGAAAGAAAAUACAGUAGCUAUGUAUGAUGAAAAAUUAUCUUAGGACAUAUAUCUUCAUCUUUCACUGCUGAAAAAAAUAGGAACCUAACUCGUGCCUGGUACUUCUUUUAGAUUAUCUUCACAUUUUCUAAUGUUAAUUGUCUUGUAUACUAUACUAGUGACAUUGUGUGCCAAUUCUUAAUUAACUGCUACAUGACUCAUCAAUUAUUCUGAAUUUACCUCGUACAUUGUACUUUUAACAAUUUUGUAUGCUAACAUCCUUGCAGCAGUGCAAGAAUGUAAUCACAUAGCACACUUGCGAUAACAAAGAUUGUGUAAAUGCCCUUUAUACAAGUUACUGUUUUUUCAGUUGUAAUCAUUUUACUAAAUAUUUAUUGCUAGCUUACACAUAUUGAACACAUAGUGUGGAUUUUUAAGCAAUUUACUAUCUCAUAUUACUAAUAGAACUUUGUUCUCUUAUCAUGUUCGAGAAGCUUAAUAUGGUCUGUUCAGAGUCGAUGUUCAUCCUGAAAUCCCUCUAUUGCUUGUUGCAGGUAGCAGAAUGACAAUGACCUUGCUGCUCUGAUAUGAACAAGCCUUUUGUACCUUAUAGUACACACAGCUUUGUAAAGACAUACUAAUGUUGUAUAAUACUGUAGAUAUUGUAUAAAUAUUCUUUGUUGCAUGUAUGCGAGUGAUUAGUUCUUA